CUAUACGGCGCCGUACACCCGUCCUGAAACAACAAGGAUGCCCCUGUCCUGCCUGUCCUUGGCCGAGAACAAGUGCCUGAGGCAGAAGCACGGAAAGAGAGGUUCGUUAGUCGAAGACAAGGACAGCUGGAGGACAGCUGGAGGACAGCUGGAGAACUACGAGAAGUACCACUAGAUUUCUCAGCUUUCUUAACGUUUAUGAGCUAAAGUAGGAUAAAAAGCCGUUCUUAUGCUUUUGAGAAGUCGUCGCGGUGCUGAAAAAGAAGUUUGGGAGUAAACUCGAAAUUUGUGGUCAAAUAUAUAUUUCCUGUCCAAGUUGCAUUGGGUCUGCAUGAUGGUUCUAGUUUCAACAAACUGUUCAGCCCACUCCUAUACAACGAUGAACACGUCAAAUCCACACUGGUGACUGCUGAUUGAACUCCCGUCGAGUUCCCUGCGAUUAGAAUCCAUGUGUAGCUAUUUCUGGAGCCCGGAGAGACCUUCCGACGGUCUUUGUUAUCGCUCUUUGUUGUUGCCCGAGGGAUUCUUCGUCGUUCUCGAAGCCCGUCAACCACGGCAGAGUACCUUGGUCUUUGUGAGAUUUUCGAUCCGAAUGCUUCUUUGGUUCUCGCCUUGCUUCCAGUCAGAUUGAAAAGCCCAAGAUGCUAAGAAUAGGUCAUCGUUGAUGAAGCCCCGCCUUGUAGUGUUUUGGUCGGCCUUUCCUGUUCGGGAUGGUCUGUUUUGAGAUUUCCAGAUCGGGCUGGCGGAACGGAGUAACACGGCCUCCGGAGGCGGCCAGAGACUGCAUUUCAAGAGGGCGCUGGUCGCAAGCCCAAGUCGAGCGCGUUAACAACAAAGAACCAACAACACAAUCAUCGAGGGGCUCGUGGAGGAAACCGCUGUUCUGUCGCUCCUUAUAUCCCCCGUUUCUUCAAAGGACUCCACGCUUGGGCGGGCGACUUCUUUGUCUCGCUCCUCUUCUUUUCUCGUCAUUCGUUACCGCCGACUCUCGAUUUCCUUCUUCAUUCGAGUGCUUCCCUGUGUUUCCAGUUAUUUCAGUCAAGAUGUCGAGCGAUGAAUCUGAUUCCUUCGUGGAAUCCGUCUACGAAGACAGUGCUAGCUCCUCCGACUUUGAACCUGAAGAAGCUCCCAAACCCAAGAAAGCUAUGAAGAAAGCGUCUCCGAAAAAGGCUUCUCCGAAGCGAGCGAAGCAAGCGAAGACUACGACAAAGACAGCCGCGAAGGGGAAGAAGCGGGCGAAGCCUGACAGCGAAGACGAAAUGUCCGACAAUGAUAAUCCGCUUGACCACGACUCCGUGCUCUCGCAAACCCCACCGAAAAAGACCCAAAAGACUGCCACCGCGAAAAAGGCAGGGGCCAAACCACUCGCCGAUAUUGAGAAUGAAUCGUUCACAAUGGAGGGCAGUGUGGAACCAUCCAAGGAAGAAGGAAAAGCGUCCGACAAGUACAAAAUGCUCUCACAUCUCGAGCAUAUUGUCAAACGUCCGGACACAUAUAUCGGUUCUGUUGAGCGAACAACACAGGAGAUGUGGGUUUACAGCUCGGAGCACGAUGGAAUGGAGUUUCGUGAAGUCUCCUACGUCCCUGGUCUCUACAAGAUCUUUGACGAAAUUGUGGUCAACGCCGCCGACAACAAGCAGAACGACGACAGCAUGGACGAGAUUCGCGUGACAUACAGCCGGGAGACUGGAGAAAUCAGUGUCUGGAACAAUGGUAAAGGUAUCCCGGUUGAGAUGCACGAAGAGCAGGAGAUGUAUAUUCCCCAAAUGAUUUUCGGCAACCUCUUGACAUCCUCCAACUACGAUGACGACAAGGCAAAGAUCACUGGUGGUCGCAACGGUUUUGGUGCCAAGCUUUGUAACGUCUUUUCGACCGAGUUCACAGUCGAAACCCAGGACUCUCGGGUCAAGAAGCGAUACAAGCAAACCUGGACGAAGAACAUGACCGUAUUCACCAAGCCAACUAUCACUGCCGCCAAAGGCUCGGACUAUACCAAAGUCACAUUCAAACCUGAUUAUCCAAAGUUCGGCAUGGACGGUAUGGACGACGAUUUCGAAGCUCUUCUUAAGCGUCGAGUUUAUGAUUUGGCUGGUACAACACAAGUGGCUGUGAAGCUCAAUGGAACCAAAGUUCCUGUCAGGAAUUUCAAGAAGUACAUGGAGAUGUACACCAAAGCUAUUCGUCGGGAGCGCGGCGACGAUGACUCCAAGAGCGAUACGAUCAUCACCUGCAACCCUCAUCCAUUUUGGGAAAUUGGGUUUGCCGUGUCCGAUGGCUCCUUCAAGCAGGUGUCGUUCGUCAACUCCAUCGCGACAACUUCUGGAGGUACUCACGUCAACUACAUCGCGGACCAGAUCUGCGGGAAGCUGGCCGAGUCACUCAAGAAGAAGAAGGGAACAGGUGCGACUUUGAAGACUGCGCAAAUUCGCAACUACGUUUUUCUGUUCGUGAACGCGAAGAUUGUCAACCCGGCUUUCAAUUCCCAGACAAAGGAGCAGCUGACCACGAAAUCAACCCAAUUUGGAAGCAAGCCCGUCCUUGACGAGGCAUUCCUGAAGAAAGUUGCCGGCACCGGUGUCUUGGAUUCUCUGCGUAAAUUCGCUGAUCACAAGGCCGAUUUGAUGCUGAAGAAGUCCGACGGUGGCCGCCGAUCGCGCAUGAACAACCCGAAGUUGACCGAUGCGAACAAGGCUGGAAGCAAGGACGGCUAUCGCUGCACCCUUAUCUUGACAGAAGGUGACUCGGCCAAGGGUCUUGCCAUGGCUGGUCGCGCGGUUGUUGGCCCUGACCUGUUCGGCGUUUACCCGCUCCGCGGAAAGAUGCUCAACGUGCGCGAUGCGUCUUUCGACCAGAUCUCGAAGAAUCAAGAAAUUCAAAACAUCAAGAACUUCAUGGGUUUACAGCACAAGAAAGAAUAUACUGACACCCGCGGCCUUCGAUAUGGCCACUUGAUGAUCAUGACCGAUCAGGAUCACGAUGGUAGUCAUAUCAAAGGGUUGCUUGUCAACUUCCUCCACGCUCAGUUUCCUAGUCUUUUGAAGAUCCCAGAGUUCUUGAUUGAAUUUAUCACGCCAAUCAUCAAAGUCUGGAAGGGCGAUCCAAAGAAUCCGACCAGACAACACUCAUUCUUCACGAUCCAAGAGUAUGAGAACUGGAAGGAGGAGCAUGCUCAUGAGCGUGGAUGGGAACACAAGUACUACAAGGGUCUGGGUACCAGCAGUACCGAAGACGCCCAGGUUUAUUUCCGUGAUCUGGACCGCCAUCUGAAGGAGUUCCAUACUAUUCAGGACAAAGAAGCCGAACUUAUUGAGCUUGCUUUCUCGAAGAAGAAGGCUGACGACCGUAAGGAGUGGCUCAGGCAGUUCGUUCCCGGCACUUACCUCGAUCACACGGCCGACAAGAUCACGCUAGCUGACUUCAUCAACAAAGAGUUGAUUCAGUUCAGUAUGGCCGAUAACAUUCGAUCAAUCCCUUCGGUUCUCGAUGGUCUGAAACCCGGUCAGCGGAAAGUGCUGUACACUUGUUUCAAGAGGAACAUCAAGAAAGACGUCAAGGUUGUUGAACUGGCUGGUGCUGUCUCGAGUUUGACUGCUUACCACCACGGUGAACAGUCUUUGCAGCAGACCAUUGUCGGCCUUGCGCAGGACUUUGUCGGCUCAAACAACAUAAACUGUCUCGAGCCUAGCGGUAACUUCGGUAGUCGUUUGCAGGGAGGUUCCGACAGUGCCAGUGCGCGUUACAUUUUCACCCGCCUCUCUCCAUUUGCCCGACGUGUCUUUAACGCCCAGGAUGAUCCUUUGCUCACACACAGCGUCGAUGACGGCAAGGUUAUCGAGCCUGAAGUCUAUAUUCCUGUUGUCCCAAUGGUUCUCAUCAACGGUGCGGACGGUAUUGGUACUGGAUGGAGUACGAGUAUUCCCAACUACAAUCCGGAGGAGAUCGUGGACAACCUGCGGCGCAUGAUGGACGGCGAAGAACCCAAGCCUAUGCAGCCAUGGUUCCGAGGGUUCAAGGGCCCGGUUACUCCCAUGGGCAACGACAGGUACAAGUUUGGCGGUAUCGUAAGGGAGCUAUCGGAGAAGGAGGUGGAGAUCACGGAACUGCCGAUCCGAACCUGGACCCAGGAUUUCAAAGACAAGCUCGAGGAGAUCAUAAAGGGUGAAAAGACCCCUUCCUUCAUCAAAGACUACAAGGAUUACAAUACGCACACCGACGUCAACUUCAUUCUUCAGUUGGAUGAGAAAAAUAUCAAGGCUCCCAUGACACAGGAGGUCUUGGAAGAGAAACUGAAGCUUUCCAAGACAAUCGCGACAACCAAUCUCGUCGCCUUCGAUGCCGAGGGGCGUAUCCACAAGUAUGAAAAUGUUGAGGAGAUCCUCAAAGAAUUCUUCACUGUGCGCCUGAAGUUCUACGAGCGCCGCAAACAAUACCAACUUGGCCAGCUGCAGAAGGAACUCGAGAAGUUGACCAACCAAGCACGAUUCGUUCAGAUGAUCAUUGACGGAGAGUUGGUCGUCUCGAAGAAGAAGAAGAGUGUUCUCGUCAAGGAGUUGAAAGAGAAGGGCUUCAAGCCUUUCCCCAAGGUGUCCGACGCGGCCAAGGCGGGCGAGACAGAGAGAGUCCUUGAAGCAUCCGACGACGAGUCGGCCGAAAACGAAGACGAUGCCGAUGAUCUUAGCCACGCCUAUGAUUACCUGUUGGGUAUGGCUAUCUGGUCCUUGACUCAAGAACGUGUCGAAAAGCUCCGCCGCCAGAUUGGCGACAAGGAAGUCGAGAUCGACGUGCUCAUCAAGCUGUCCAAGGAAGACAUGUGGAAGCGUGACCUUGACGACUUCAUGAACGAAUGGAAGUUCGCUCUCGAGGACCAAAGCACCCGGCGCAAGAAGUAUGAAAAGAUGGGCCGACGCACAUCUAUGAAGCUCGCGACUGGUGGUGGCCGUGGUGGCGGCAAGAAGCGCAAGGCAGCAGCUGACGAUGAUUCCGCUGACGAAGAUUUUGCCGCUCCGAAGUCCAGAAAGAAGGCUGUCAAGAAGGCUGCGGAACCGAAAGGCGGGAUCAUGAGUUUCCUAAGCAAGCCCCUCAAGAAGGCCUCGCCUGCACCCAAGGAGGAUGAUGGCUCGGACGAUGACUUUGACAUGGACGAAAUCCUUCCGAAGAAGAAAAGGGCUGCCGCAACAGCCUCCCCCAAGCCCAAGGACAACGACGGAGAUGUCAACAUGGAUGACGACUCGGACAUCGAAGUCGUCCCAAAGAAGAGUCGGGCGGCUCCUAAGGCGGCGGCGAAAGGUCGACCUGCCGCCAAACCAAAGCCUAAGGAUGAGGAUGACGAUGAGCUUGACGAUGAUGAUUUCAUGGAGAUCACCAAGGCGGAGGCGGCGAAGACGGCUCCCAAAGCGGCUCGCGGCGGCCGUAAGGCUGCGCCAAAGUAUACGAUGAGCGAUUCCGACAGCGAUGGCGAGGACUUGCUCGGUGAUGUCAGCAAAAUGGUCAAGGGGAUUGGUGGUGCAGGUGGUUCCGCCUCGGACUCUCGCCAACUCUUCUCUGAACUGUCCCGCCCAGGUACCAGCACUGGUUUGCCGACCAGCGCAAAGGCCUCCAAGUUCUCUAACGACUUUGAUGCCGACGAGACUGACUACAGCAAGCUCAUUCCUCAAAACUCCCCUCGCCGCUCCCUCCAAGUUAAGCCCAAGCAGGCGGCCGACAGCGCGGAUGUAGACGACGAUGACGAGCCUGUCAAACCCGCCAAGGCCAGAGCUCCCGCAAAGGCCAAGUCUGCCAGUGCUGCGGUCAAGCCAGUAGCCGCCAAAGGUCGUGGUCGCCCGAAGAAGGACGCUUCAGUCGCCUCUGCCCCUGCUUCACUCAAACAAACGACCCUCUCGCCAGCGGCGAAAGCAUACGCUUCAAAGCAAGCCAAGGCUACAACCAAGAAGAAGAUCCUCGCCGACGAAAUGUCGGACGAUGAUAUCGAUGCGAUGGCCAACGACAUCCUAGACUCUCCAGCUGGUGUCGCCCCCGCCCGCAAGGCCUCCGCAAGCACUGCGAGCCGACCGUCACGACGCACCAACACCAAGAAGACCUACGUGAUCGAGGAUGACAGUGACAACGGUGGCGGAGAUGAUCUGGAUGAUUCUUUUGACAUGAGCGAUUAAGUGCGUGGUUACUGGUUACGGAUUAUAUGGGUUAGACAGUGGUUUCGCAGCACGUUGAUCGUGUGAAGUAUUUUCAUUCUAUCAAUUCUCUGUUCUAUGGGAUUCUUCAACGGUUGUUUUUUCAUUUAUCAAUCUGUAUCAAUUUUCCAUUUAGUAAAUACAUUGAAUCUAGUUAUUCUAGAAGAGUACGGGAUACUUGAUGCUGAGUCCUAAGUAGCUUACGUCCCGUCGGCUCGAUCGCACUGCAGGAACCGUUGUAUCGCUGCGCUGUGGUGCGGUUACACUGCCUCCACCUCCAGAGAGUCACUCACUCGUCAAGCCAAAAUGAUACCGCUGACUAGAUCCAGCGAAUAUCGACGUCCAUUUGAUGUAAUGCAGCUAACAAGAGAAAAAAGUCACAACCUUGUUCAGUAGUACGGUGAUGCAAGCAAGGAUCCCAGAUCCCAAAGGGUCAACACAAAAAAAGAAAAACAGCAAAAGUGCAGACCGGCCGCCCACCGAAACCACCGUCCAUGCCAUGCACACGAGACAAAUCAAAUCAAGUCAAGCAAGUCAAGAACUCCGUCCAGUCUAUCUAAGCCAGCGACCAGUGCCAAUACCAUAUCCUACGAACCAGCGUCUUCUCUUCCGUGCAACAGAGGUGAGGGAUGAGUGGGUGAGUGAGUGAGUGAGUGAGAACUCUCAAGACGCGGAUCAUUCUUAAUCAGCAUGAGGGCAACGCCAUUCGAUAUAUGAUAGCGUUAUUACGCGAUCGAUAGGAAAAGUGAUCUAAGCAGAAGCCCGUCGCCUCUUCCGCCCACUCCAGAGUGACGAUGACGAGUCUGGUCUUGGUGGGCGAGUGGGCGCCACUGUGUUGUGAUUCUCAGUAGUCGGCGGUGUCACGACGAUAUAAUCAUCAUCAAUGAUAUCGGCGUCGGCAUCAACGUCGCUCCCGAUGGCGUCUUGCAUGUGUAGGCUGAGGAGGGCGUGUGCGGCGCUGACCUCGCACUGAAGCCUGGAGGGGCGUGCGAGGGAUCUUGUGUCGGAUUGAUGGUGACGAUGCCUAAGCUCAAGUCCAUGCUGCUGCUGCUGAUGAUGUCUGUGCUCAUGCCCAUGCACAGCCGGCUGGUCUCUCCCGCGCUUCCGGCUGGGUGUCCCCUUGGCCGCGUUGAAGUCGGGAUCUGCGUCACCGUCUGCAUCCGUGUCCCGGUACGAGUCGGCAUCGUCGGCAUCAGAGGAAGGGGAAGGUCGGUCGUUCGACGAGGAGCUGCUGUUACUACCGGAAUCGAGCGUCGACGUGGUGUAUUCUUCGUCCGAAACGCUUUCGGCGUCGGCGUCGAUUUCGCUCCCGUCUAUACCGUGGAUAUUUCCUCCUCUUGGAUUGUUCGAGGGGGCCGAGCUAGGGAUCCUAGAUGCGGAGAUCGCUGCGAGGACUUGGUGUGGGGAUGGGAGGUGACUGGGGUAGGUAUCCGUGCUGCGCGGGGUAUUCACGGGCGUGAACGUGCCUCGAAUCGGGCUUAUGGGUGACAGACAGUAUGGUUCUGUGCUGCUGCUGGAUUCAGGGGAUGAGCCGUAGCCGAGAGAGCGCUCCGAGGUACCACUGCGGUGAUAGUGAUGGUGGGAUUUCGGGAGGAUGUGGCGGCCCAUGGGGAGUCGGUCUCCCGCGGAGCUCGGGAGGUAUUCGGGCUGAAGGUGUGUCAAGGGUGGUGAGCGGAGCCCGAGGGAACGAUAGUAGUGUGCUCGUUUUGUUGCGUCGCGGACGAUGGCUGGGUCGAUGAUCAUUCGGCCGAAGCGGGAUCGGUCGUUGGGAUGCACGCAGAGUUUUGGGAAGUCGGCGCCGAAGAGAGGCGUGAGCGCGUAACGGAUUUUCCAGCAGAAGGUCGUCGAGACGGCUUUGGCGGCUUCAAAGGGCAUCCAGUAGCCUUGAAGGAGCGGUUAGGUGGGACGCGUUGGGAUGGAU